AUUAACGGCCGCCGGCCCGGGCGCGCGCAGCCCGCCCCCAAGGGGCUCGGCGCCGCGGGCGGCGGCCGCGCCGCUCGUGACGUCGCGCCGCGCUGCCGGGGCGCGCGGGUGAGCGCCUUCCAUGGAGCACGAGGCGUCGCGCGGCGCCGCGGAGCUGCUGGCGGCCGCGCACGCGCGGUUCGAGGCGCAGCAGUUCGCGGCGGCCGAGGAGCUCUACGGCCGCUUCAUCGCCCAGUGCGCGAGCUCUGCCGCUGGCCACGCCCCCACGGGCGCCGGCCGCGAUCUCGCCACGGCCCUCAACAACCGCGGCCAGAUCAAGUACUUUCGGGUGGACUUCGCCGCCGCCGUGGAGGACUACACGGCCGCCAUCGAGAGCCAGCCCGACUUCGAGGUGCCCUACUACAACAGGGGCCUGGUGCUCUACCGGCUGGGAUGCUUUGAGGAGGCCAUGAAAGAUUUCAGGAAAGUUUUAGAGUUAAACCCUCAGUUUGAAGAUGCUGCGUUGAGUCUAAACCAGGCUAUUCUUGAUAAAGAAGAAAAACAAAAGAGAGCUUAUUGAAAAUGCAGCUAGUGGUGUAAAAAUGUUUUGCUGAAUACUUGCAUGAUUUCUGGCAUUGAUGGAUGAAAUACAAGAUCAUUUGCAUCUGUUAGGCUCUACUGAAGGAACCUCGUUCUUGGGUAAAUAAGUUAAAAAAUAUAUUAUAAUUGCAAAAAAACCCCCCUAUUUGGGGUAUCAUCAGUGCUGAGCAAAAGCGUAAUGGUACAUCUGUCUAAGUCACUGGUCAUUCUGUACUGAAGUACUUUAUGUAAAACAGCUGGAAGCUCAAUAACAGCUGAUGAAGUCUGUAGUCCUCUUACUACAACAGUGUUUCUGUACUCUUUCACAGAUUAAUUUAAAUAGCCUUUCAUGGGAAGAGUGUAUAAAACAAAAUAUAUAAAACAUAUAAAUACUUGAGUUUAGAGUUUUAGAAAAGUACAGAGUCUUUCUAUAUUAAGAAAUAUUAACAAAAACCUGAGCCCUUUUUAGGCAAAGGCAUUUGUACCUUGCAUGAGGAAUGUAGUGUAAGAAUUUAGUUCUUUGGAAGUUCAUUCACUUCUAAAACUAGUUUUACAUUACCUAAGUAGGUAGGAACUGAAUAUAUCUAUUUUUUUUUUUUGGUAAUCCCAUUGUAAGAGUAUUGGACAGAGCAGAGAUUAAUAAUUGAAUGAAAAAAUGAAUCUCCUGAUUAUCUGUAAAGAGCUUAUGGUAGGGAAUGCAGUUGAGCUAUUCACAGUAGGAGUCUUGGCUCUCUCCUUUUAUUGAAAAGAUCAAUUGCAUAAAAAUAUAAUACGAAAUCUGUCUGAUUCAACUGGCUGUGAAUACCCAAGUGGUCUUAUGUCUUAUAUAAUAGGAGAAGCAGUUGCUGAAAUCCAAAAACAAUGGAUCAGAAACACUGUAGUAUUGUUCAUGGCAAUAAAAGUUCUACUAAAAGAAAUGCUUUUCGAUUGCCUGUGUGAGCAUUGGGAUAUACAUAUUUUUUAUAAAUGAUACUAAUGAAAAUUCUGCUUCUUAUGGUGAAUUUCUUCAUGGAUGAUCCUGGAGCAUACACAAGCGCAGGGUUCACUGUAUAUGGUGAAACCGUUUGGGUAAGUCAUGAGCAGAGAAUUUAACCUGUGAACUACUUUGCAUUUUUUGUGUGGUUCCCCAGCAGCCCCACUGAGAUUGCUUUCAGCUUUUGGAUGAAAUGCUGCAACAGUUGCUGCUUUCAGCUUUUGGAUGAAAUGCUGCAACAGUUGCAGUGAAUGAAUUUGAGGCAUAGGGCUGAGAAAAUUCUGUAUUUUCCUUUAGUGCUCUGUGAUAUUUGAUAGACAAUAGUUUUGAAGUUAUAUGCCUGUGAUGCAUGUUAGAAUGUAAUCAUUUACAGUCUGAAAAGCAGUCUCUAAUUGCUCAUUAAUGACCAGGUGUUUUGAGAUUCGAUUUUGGCCUUUUCUGGAUAUACUGAGCUUUUGCUCUGCUUCCAUUUAUAUAUCUUAAUGCUCUGUCUCUAAGAUACAUUAAUAAUUUAAGGACCUACAUUUUUCAUGCCACCUCAGUCUCAAAAAUUGAGACUAGAACUAGGUGAACUAGAACUAAACCUGUCCCUGACACAGCACGCCAUGAAAAUGUACAGGACAUUCUAAACAAUUGAAUUUAAACUGUGAAGUUACACUCUGAGAGGAAAGCAGGUGGAAGGAUUCAAAGGAAAGAUCACAGACGUGGCUCUGCACGGAACACUGUUUAAAUGAUAGCAUACAGAUAAAAAUCAAAAGAAGAUUAAUAUCAAAUACAUAUUUUGGAAAACGAAUCAAGGAUUCUAGUAAUAAUAUUCCUCAUACUUUCCCAGCUCAUGUCAUUUUAUGAGUGUUGCUCAAUUCUAACGUAUCCAUUGUUGGCACGGGAAUAUUUCGCUGAAUUGGGAGCAGUUUUAUAGCAGAUUCUCCACAGCAUUUCCUUGUCUCUUCUGUAAAAGAAUGAAUUGUUGUGUAUCUUGGCAUAAUUUGGAAUUAUUUGAAGGUAGUUUCAGCCAAUAAAGUUCUUACGCACUUUUUCCUCUCUCA